AUGGGAAAACGAAAGACUAAAGCUCAAUCGCGACCCGCCGGAAAGGUAGCUCUUGCAAAGGGAAUGCAACCGAUUCUCCCCUCAGUAGCUGCUGCUGCUGCAACCCCUCCUAUUGCUCCAGAGGCACCAACCGAGCCUCCUGCACGGCGUCCACGUGGACGUCCACAUAAAAGACCGUUGGGCGCAGCUCCGAGGGAUGAUAGUGUUGUAAACACUAACGCGGUACUGCACAACAAUCCCCAAUCCACGAUCAGUGAUGGCGGUGCUCAGUCUCCACGUGGACGGCUUCGUAACAGACCGUUGGGUGCUGCUCCGGCGUCCAAGAGGGAUGAUAGUGUUGUAAACACUAAUGCGGUACUGCUGGCCUCCUUGCAGGAGCACAGCAAUCCUCAGGCCACGAUCAAUGAUGGCGUUGCACCGUGUCCACGUGGACGUCCUCGUAAAAGACCGUUGGGUGCUGCUCCGGCGGCCCAGAGGGAUGAUAGUGUUGUAAGCACUAAUGCGGUACGGGUGGCCUCCUUGCAGGAGCACCACGAGCCCCUGGCCACGAUCAGUGAUGGCGUUGCAAAGCGUCCACGUGGACGUCCUCGUAAAAGACCGUUGGGCGCUGCUCCGUCGGCCCAGAGGGAUGAUAGUGCUGUAAACACUAAUGCGGUACUGCACAACAAUCCCCAAGCCACGAUCAGUGAUGGCGGUGCACAGUCUCCACGUGGACGCCUUCGUAAAAGACCGUUAGGUCCUGCACCGGCGUCCAAGAGAGAUGAUAGUGUUGUAAACACUAAUGUGGUACAGGUGGCCUCCUUACAGGAGCAUAACAAUCCCCAGGCCACGAUCAAUGAUGGCGUUGCACAGCGUCCACGUGGACGUCCUCGUAAAAGGCCGUUGGGUGCUGCUCCGGCGUCCAGGAGGGAGGAUAGUCUUGUCAACACUCAUAAGGCUGCCGAGGCACUGCUGCGCUCUUUAAAGGACAGCAACCAUCCCCAGGCCAUGAUCAAUAAUGGCUUUGCUCGUGGCCUCAAGCCAGAUGUGAUCCUCGCCGGGUUUAUGUACGAAAAAAAUCUGAUGCUUGCGAUGAAAUUUAAAAACCGCAAGAUGCCCGAGUUGGUGACCCCAAAGGAACUUAAGCUACGUGACCCAACCAUGCUUAUAAAUUUUUAUAUAGACCAUUUUUAUUAUCCCCACCACGAUAUACCUAAGAAGCCAAUGUAA